UUUACCAGGAAGUCUUGCAGCAAGUCUCCACGUAGUCGUAAGGAAAUGAAAGCUAACGACAAAUGAAAUCAUUAAUAUCGAAAGACUUUCAUGAUUAGGUGAAUACUAGAUACACUUUUUUGCGACUAUAUGUCUAACAUUGAUAUACUUCUAUAACAAUUCGACCUUCACGCCUGGCAGAACUGACCAACAUAGGUAUUUCCAAGACGAUCUCAUUCUAAUCCAACGUACUUCCGUAGUCUUCCAUUUUGUGUUAAGCGGCCGUAGGGGAGAAGAAGGCCACAUAAACUGCUCUUCUUGACUUUUUUCACCAUCAAACAUGUCGGAGGAUAUAAAUCACAGGUUUCCACGAGGCAAGGUCACUUCGGAGCAAGAGCGAUGCUUGCAGAAGAAUAACAUGUUCCUAGCGGACAACAUUGAAUGUACAGAUAUCGUCACUCUGCUCUAUUCCCGCCUCAUCCUAGAUGACAACGACAAGCAGAAGAUUCUGGGCACUGACGGCCAGAGACUUCCACGCAAGGAGCAGAGCCUGCGUCUCUUGGACGUGAUUACCAUGAGAAGCCCUGCCGGCUUCGAGGCUUUCCUCAAGGCCCUGGACGACACAGGGCAUCUGGCUGCCGCAGGCAGGAUUCGGCAGACCUUGCACAACUUGUCAGAAGAGUUGGUCGGCAGGCCCAGAGAAUACGAUCACAGCACCUACGUCAAGCAAAUUACCUCAACUUCCUCAGACUCUGAGUCCGUCGAGGACGACGCACGUGGACGUGAAACAUUCAAGCAGGAAGUUUUCGGCCUGUGUGAUCGAGUGGAUAAGAUCGAAAAACAUCUGGACGUCCUCAGCUACCGAAUGACACAGAUAGACGGAGGGCAGAAGGAAGAGGUGUCCCGCCUGCGGCAGAAGCUGUCCGAAGCGUCCAACGAGAUCAAGAAGCUCCGACGAGAGAACGAAAACCUGAACUGCCUGGUGGCGGAAAAGUCCGAGCAACUCCGACAGGCAUCCGACAAAAUCGAGGCCCUCGAGAAACAGCUGAAGGUCAUGGAGAACGACAACACCAACUUGCUAAAUAGAGUUGUGGAACAGUCGCAGGAACUUCAGCGGAUGAGGCUGCAAGCGCAACAGGCCAGGGAGCAGAUCACCGACCUGCAGUCGGAGGUGGACAAGCAGAAUCAGCAACAGAGCCUGCACAAGAGAGAGCUGGACAGCCUGCGCAAGAGGAGUGAGGCGGAGAACAAAAAAGUGGCCGAGCUGCAGGAGUUCAAGAAGAAGAACGAACAAGUGAUGCAGACCGUGGUGCGGCAGUUCAUGAGCAUGCAGAACGAGAUCCAGCAGCUGAAAGACCAGCGUCCCGUCACCGACAACGCGACCGGCGGGCGACAGGGCAAGUCAGCAGUCAGCAAGCUCAACCACCUCGAGCAGGGGGACAACUCGGUGGCUGGGAGAUGCGCUGUCGCAAAGCAGCAGCUGUUCAACUUUGAUAGACCCUCGACAAAGCAGGGGAACAAACCGAAGCCGCAGCCUUUUUACAAACCGAGAAAGUGAAAUUGAGUGGGAUGAUAUGGAAGCUUCACCAGCAAAUGCUAACUCAUGACUACACUGUUACAAUAGAAGAUGGGUCUGGCAGCCUUAGUCGAUCAAGCGUGCAUUAAGGACUGUUUCAUCCUGUGAUACCUAAUUGUCACAAAGAAAAUUGUUUUUUGUACUGUAAUCCUACAAACAGUAAUAAAAUCGUGUAGAAGUUUAUAAUUUAUAGUUACUUAUCUCAUGAUGUCGGCAAUAAAACAUCAAACCUGGCUUGCAUGCUUGACUGUUAAUGUGGACAAGUUGAAGAUCAUAUGCUUUAAGGCGAAUUCAGCCAUUCUGGUAGAUAAAAAGUGAAUCUACAGUUUUUAUUGCCAGAUUAAUGUAUCAAAAUUAUCUACAUACUUUGGCUUCAUUAAUAUGGCAUUCAAAAGAGUCAUGUUCAGUACAGCCAUCAGUUUGGUCUCACAGUGGUCUUCAAAUUUUUUUUUUUUUGCUUCCAAUUUCUUUUCUUUUCUGUCAUUCUGUUUGAUGUCUGCAAAAAAUGUCACAGACUAAUCUCAUAAUUAUAAUCUGAAACAGUAAAUGCACUGCAUAAUUGCCAUUUGAAAUCAUAAUGCUGUUAGUAUCAGAUAAAAGAGAAUUGCAGAAGUUGCUGCUGCAUUACUUUAAUGUCUUCGGAAUUGUUCAAGUAUCAGAAGGAAUUACCACUUGUAUACAGGAACAGUUGUCUCAAGAUGCACGAAUUUUCUUGGCUCAACGCUGGCUGAGAAAUAAUGCUGAGAACACAACUACUCUCUGCAUUCAUCAUCUUAUGGAAUAAGCAAAAAAAUUAGAUGCAGCUGAAAAAUGUCUGUUGCUUCUCUGUUCACUUGCUUUUUUAUUUCUGCACAUUUGUCUCUGUGAAGCAUGACAAAAUGUAAUAACUCAAGUCGUAUAUACAAUGAUACCUAUUUUUAUUUCAUUUGUGCAUGCUGCCCUAAUAAUUUUAUUGUUACUAACAUACCAAGGCACAUAAACUGAUCUUUGUAAUUUACUCUUAUUUACUACAUUCUCCUAAUGCUAUGUUGAUAUGGACUUUUAACAUACACCAACUGCCUCAUAAAAAUCCUUUUUUAUUAUAUAUUAGCUUACAUUCAUGGUUCUAAAUCCUUCUAAGCAGCCUGCCUUUUUAGAAUGACUAAUGUUUCUAAUUUUAAAAUAUAUACGUAGUAGCAAUUCCUCUUUAUUUUCUUUCAUUUUCCUUUAAACAAUGUUAUAUAAAGAAGUUGUAAAUUUAAAGGUGUGAUCAAAUAAAAAUGGUAAAGGAAGCUUUUCCUAACAGGUGUUUUUGUUAGCCAAAGUACUUAUUGUAAUAACUAGAUAAUUCUUGCAGAAGUCACUUCUUAUUUAUUUGCCUAUGACGAAAGAACUGUAAAUGACAAAAACAUAGAUUUGAAUACCAGUCAUGUAAAUGUAUAGAUCAAAACUUCUGAUCCAAAUGUGUACACUUUAUAUACUUUUCAAUCUUUUAUCAAGUUUAUCAAAUGCAGAAAUUGCAGUAUGAUACAUAAAAAUGUUUUAGAUAAUAGUUGCUCAUAACAAAACAUUAAUGCUGUAUUGAAGCGAUCUUUCAAAAAAAAAAAAUUGUAAUGUAAUUUUGAGACUUGUGUGCAUAGUCGUACAUGUAUUAUUAACUGCAAUAAGCAAAUAUAUUGAUUUUCAGUUUU